AUGAAUUAUCUUACUUUCCUCUUGGCUAUUCUUCAUGUAUACAGAGCUGUAUGUGAGGAGAUACUUUGGGACACAACUGUUAAACUUGCUGAGAAUAUGACUCUAGAAUGUGUGUAUACAUCAACGGACUCCUUAACCCAGAUGGAGUGGUUCAAGAUCAAUGCAUCGAAGAAAGAGUCCAUUGCCAUUUUCAACCCUACUUAUGGUGUGAUCAUAAGGAAGCCCUAUGCUGAUAGGGUGUACUUUUUAAAUUCAACGAUGAGUCCCAAUGACAUGACCCUUUCCUUUCACAAUGCCUCUGAAGCUGAUGUUGGCUUCUAUUCCUGCUUUCUUCAUACUUUCCCUACUGGAUAUUGGGAAAAGAAGAUACAGGUGGUUCAGUCAGACAGUUUUGAGAUAGCUGUGCAAUCAGAUAGUCACACGGUCUCAGAACCUGGAAAAGACAUCACACUCACCUGUCAGUUUCAAAUGAAAGGGCCAAUGCAACAGGUUACAUGGGAAAAGAUCCAGCCCUAUCAAAUUGACCUCUUAACCUGCUGCAACUUGUCCCAAGGAAGAAGUUAUGCCUCCAGGUACCAAAGACAAAUAUUGACCAACUGUAGCCAGGGAGGGAGAAGGAGCUUCAUUGUCAUUCCCCAAGCCACUACCUCUGACUCAGGACUUUACCGCUGCUGCUUUGAGGCCACCACAGGAGAAAAUGAAACCUUUGUGAUGAGAUUGACCAUAACUGAUGGUAAAACCAAUCACCAAUCUGUCCUCUUCAUGGCUGGAGGGACAGUUUUAUUUUUGGUUGUUAUCCUAAUUACCACUGUCAUUGUCAUUUCUUGUAACAGGAGACGGAGACAGAAAAGAACCCUGUUUAAAGAGUCCCGGGAUACGCAGAGGAGGGCAGCCAACAACUACAGAAGUCCCAUCUCUAUCAAUGAACACAUGGAUGACGCAAGAGAGGAUGUUUAUGUCAACUACCCAACCUUCUCUCGUAGACCAAAGACUAGAGUCUAA